GGAAAGCUAAUUGAUCGACGAUGUUUGACAGCUAAAGAGAAAUAGCUGCUUGGUAAAUGUUGAUGGUAACCUUUAAAAAAACACAUUUUGGAUAAAUACGUCGCGUCGCAUAUUUCCAUGACAUCUUGAUCAUGGUGGAAAACUCUCCCUCUCCCCUGCCUGAGAGGGCCAUUUAUGGGUUUGUUCUCUUCCUUGGCUCGCAGUUUGGCUUCUUUCUGUAUUGUCUUUGGGCAUUUAUACCAGAGGAGUGGCUUCAUUCAAUAGGACUCACUUACUGGCCUCAAAAAUAUUGGGCUCUCGCUGUGCCAAUCUAUCUGCUGGUUGCACUGACGAUCACGAUGGUGUUGCUGUUUGGAGUGAACAUGAACAACACGGCUCCGCUUGACUCCGUGGACAACGUCACAGAUGUGUACGCUCAAGGCCAGAGGGCAGAAGGCUGCCACAAGGGGGGAAUACCGAGACUGAGAGAUGUUCCCAUUAGUCAAGUCAACGAAAUGUUCUAUAUGUCGCCGAAGCAAUAACAAGCAGAAACUGAUUUUAGCUGGUGGUAGAAUAGAAGUGAAGCUGCUGGGGACUUAUUGUGGUGUCACUGUUUACCCUUUGUUUAUAAAAGAAGGAUGAUGCUUUAUUUAUUCAGAAACAUUGCACCAUGGAGGCAAAGAUGUAUUGAGGGAAUUUACUUUUUUCUGAUACACAUCUGUAUGGACAAAAUCAUGUCCUAAGUGCAGGUUAAUAACAGUGAUAUGCUGAAUGUGAUGCAACACAAUAUCACGAACAAAUUAACCUAUUGUCAGAGAAGCUUGCACUAAAAAAGGUAGACUAUGAUUAUCUUCAAUAGAUUACAUACUUUUUAGAUAUAUUUAUGCUUUAUGCAAUGACUGCACUUUUGAUAACUUUGUUAUAUGAAAUAAAUAAGGUGUGAUAUCUUGA